UGGAAUGGUGUACAGAAGACAAAAGCAUGUCAGCACCCCAUUUCUCAUUUCAUCGGCUAUGAGCUCCAAGGAAGACCCAUCAUUUCAUUACCAUCAGCAAAGGACGCCAUUACUGGUGGUGCCAAGACACCUAACCAAAGGCUGGAGUCAAGAUUAUGCUAAUUAACUCCAGGUCCCAGGUCUCCUGUUGCCUGGUGACAAAGUUUCACUGUUGAGGAGGAGGAACUGGCUUAAACUGAGUAUAUCUUCUAGCAGUUUCUUCUGACUUCUUCAAACUGAUUACUACCCAAUCAGAACAACGCACUCCAAACAUACACCCUUACUGAAAGAACAUGGCCAAAAGCGGGAAAGGCCCCAAGGGCAAGAAGAUUACCUUAAGUAUGGCCAAGAACUGUAUCAAAAUCACAUUUGAUGGGAAAAAACGCCUUGACUUGAGCAAGAUGGGAAUUACCACCUUCCCCAAGUGUAUCCUGAGACUGAAUGAUGUGGAUGAGCUCGACCUCAGCCGGAACAUGAUCAGAAAGAUCCCUGACUCAAUCUCCAAGUUCCAGAACCUGCGGUGGCUGGACCUGCACAGCAACUACAUUGACAAGCUUCCUGAGUCCAUCGGCCAGAUGACUUCUCUGCUCUACCUCAAUGUCAGCAACAACAAGCUGACCACCAACGGGCUGCCUGUGGAACUCAAUCAGCUCAAGAAUAUCCGCACUGUGAACUUGGGCUUGAACCAUCUGGACAGUGUGCCCACCACGCUGGGUGCUCUGAAGGAGCUCCAUGAGGUGGGGUUACAUGACAACCUGCUGAACACUGUCCCCAACAGCAUCAACAAACUCCCCAAGCUCAAAAAGCUCAACAUAAAACGAAAUCCCUUUCCCAAGUCAGACGUAUCAAAUACAUUCAUAGAUUCCAUCAAAAGGCUGGAAAACUUGUAUCUGGUGGAGGAGAAGGAGCUGUGUACGGCUUGCCUGAGAAAAUGCCAACAGGCCCGGGACAAAGUGAACAAAAUCAAGAAUAUAGCCCCAGCAACACCAAGAAAGGCCAUCUUUUCUAAUCUGGUCUCACCCAAUUCCAUGGCCAAGGAAUCCCAGGAAGAUUGGAGGUGACCUGGGACCCUGACCCUGAGGCAGGAAGGGAAAAGGGAGGGAGGGAAGAUGGCAGGGGGCUGCAUCUACAGGGAAUUGUGGGCUCCCCCCAUUAUUGCAACAGCUCCUCCAGCCAAGCCCAUAAAAUACCUUUCCCUA